AUAUGUUUUUGAAAUUAAACGCAUGUUGUUUUUCAAACGAUCAGCAACAUGCAAUUAUCUUCAAUUUGUGUUUUGGCUUUAGCAGCCUUUUUGCUCACCGGCACGGUCGAGUCGGCAUCACGUCGUUUGCCUGUUUUAGUUGAAAGUGAUAAUAGUGUUCGUUUUGAAAAUCCUAAUGCCCGCGCAGAAGCCGUCGAAGGUGUAUUAGACUAUCGUCUGCCUAAUACUACAUAUCCGGAACAGUACGAUAUCACACUGACCACCAAUGUUGAGAAAGGCGAUAAACCCUUUAAGGGUGUAGUGAUUAUUGAUAUUGUGGUAGUUGAGCCCACCACUACGAUUGUUAUACAUGCUCGCGAACACGAUCAGGAAUAUAAAGUGACUAUUGCAAAUCCAUCUACUGGCGAAACGGAGGAAUUGUCGUGGGAAUAUGAAUUGGAACGUGAAUUUUUAACAUUGAAACGUAAAAGUGAUGUUCCAUUUGCUGCUGAAACUAAAUGGAAGUUGACUAUAGUUUAUAGUGCUAAAUUGCGUGACGAUAAUGGAGGAUUCUAUAUUUCCACCUAUACCGAUGCCGAAGGCAAAGAGCGUUACUUGGCCACCACCCAAUUCGAAAGUACUGAUGCUCGUCAUGCUUUCCCCUGUUAUGAUGAACCAGCUAAACGUGCCAAUUUCACCAUCACCAUAAAUCACAGUCCCAUCUAUUCAGCCAUAUCAAAUAUGCCAGUUAACGAAGCAUUAUCAAGUGAGGGCAAAACAGUGUUCUUAACCACGGAUCGUAUACCCACCUAUAUAGUGGCCUUUAUAGUAUCCGAUUUUGAAUACACCGAAGGUAUUUUGAACGGUUUGCCACAACGCGUCUACUCUCGUCCCAGUGCUAAGAAUGAGCACGAAUGGGCUGUAGUAUCUGGCAUGUUGAUUACGGAACGUUUAUCGGAAUAUUAUGACGUUAGAUUUAUGUUGCCUAAAAUGGAUCAAGUAGCUAUACCAGAUUUUGCAGCCGGUGGUAUGGAAAACUGGGGCUUGGCUACAUAUCGUGAGGAAUAUAUGCUGUACAAUAAGGACACCUCAACUGUCUUUACUCAAACCAAUAUUGCCAGUAUUGCUGCACAUGAAAUCUGUCAUCAAUGGUUUGGUGAUUAUGUAGCAAUUCAAUGGUGGACUUAUUUGUGGCUGAAAGAAGGCUUUGCCACCUUAUUCUCCUACAGAGCUUUGGAUGAUGCGUAUCCUGAAUGGGGUGUAUGGCAAGAAUUCCAUGCCAGCGACUAUCAAACAGCUUUGACCAGAGACGGCAGCAAUUCUCCCAGACCCAUGACCCAUUACGUGCAGAAGCCCGAUGAAAUUUCCAGGGUUUACGAUUCAGUUUCUUAUGGUAAGGCUGGCUCUGUAUUGUACAUGUGGAGCAAUGCUUUGACCGACCAGGUUUUCAAACAAGGUUUACACAACUAUUUGACUGUAAACCAAUAUAGUGCCGCCGAAGAAGAGCAACUUUUCACUGCCAUCCAAACUGCUGCCAAGGAGGAAAAUCAUGUAAUCCCUGCCACAAUUAGCGAAAUGAUGGGCACUUGGUCACGCCAGGGUGGUUAUCCUUUGUUGACUGUUACACGUAACUAUACCGAUGGUACUUUCACUGUUAAACAACAAGCCUUCCACAACGAUGAAACCUUUAAAGACAACAAAACCUGGUAUGUUCCCAUUAACUAUGCUGCUGCCUCGAAUCCCGACUUCCGCAAUACUGAAGCUACCCACUAUUUGUUGAAUGUUACUGAGAUGAAGGUAGAAGACGCUAAAAUUGACAAGAAUGAUUGGUUGAUACUCAACAAACAGUCGACCGGUUAUUAUCGCAUCACUUAUGAUGUAGACAAUUGGAAUCUCAUCACAGAAGGUUUGAUUCAGAGACCCUACAGGAUUCAUCCUCGUAAUCGUGCUCAAUUGAUGCAUGAUGCCUACCGCCUAAGUGUUUCCAAUCGUUUGGAUCAUGCUAUAGUCUUGAAAAUGUUGACUUAUUUGCAGAAAGAAGAUCAAUAUGCUCCCUGGGCAACAGCCAAUGGUAUUAUCACCACAUAUAACCGUUAUUUGAGUGCUGAUGCCAAAUACGAUGAUCUCAAAUACUUUGUGGCCGAACAAAUUGGCCCCAUUUAUGAGAAAUUGGGUGUCAACGAUAUACCCGGCGAACAUCAUUAUCAAAAAUACACCCGCAAUGUGGUUAUCAAUUUGGCUUGUUUGGCCGGCGUUACUGAUUGUUUGGAAGAAACCAACAACAAAUUGAAGGCAUUAGUCAAGGAUAAUACCGCCAUUGAACCCAAUCUACAAACACCAAUCUACUGCAAUGGUCUUAAACAAUCAGGCGAUGAGGAAUUCAACUUUGUCUACAACAAACUCAUGGAUUCUACAGAUCAGGCUUUGCGUCGUCUACUUAUUUCGGCUUUGGGCUGUUCACAAAACGAAAAUCACAUUAAGAAACUCAUCGAGAGCUCCAUUGAUGAGACCAACAAAUUGCGCAAACAAGAACGUUAUACUCUGCUUAGUCCAGCCUAUUCUCGUGGUGAGGUGGGUCUUUUGGCCUGUAUUGAUUUCUUGAAUGACAACUAUAAUGAAUAUGGAAAUUUGAAGAGUGGUUUCGGAGGUUCCAAUCCCCUGGAUGAUGAUAUUCGCGGAAUGGCUUCUUAUGUGGUCAACAAGAAACAGGAAGAGAAACUUUUGGCUUUGGUGGCUACGGUAAAGAAUAGUGAACAUGUCAAGGCUACUCUGGAAACCGAUGUGAAAGCAACAAUUGCAGAUAAUUUCGAAUGGCUUACAGAUAAUCGUGAACCUCUUAUGUCAUGGAUUGCAUUGUAUCGUGCCGGUAAUAAUAGCGGAAAUGAUGAUAAUGAAGAUGAUGGUAGUGCAAGUCUUACAACAUCUGCAGUACUGAUAGCAUCGGCUCUUGUCAUGGCGGUUACACGUCUAUUUUGAAUUAGCUAAACUUUUUUAGUGCAAUUAUGUUGAUAGAUAUUUUAAUUAAUUUUUUGUACAU